AUGAGUCUCACUAUGGAGGAGCUUGCCAACCUCAAAUUGAAAGUGAAAGAACGUGACUUUGAGAUCGCUUCCCUCAAUGCAUUCAUCAAUCGAGACCCAAGCCUAUCCUCCUCAUGCGUACUAAUUAACGGAUACAAGCCAAUUGGCAAAACCCUCGUGGUGAAGGAGUUUCUCAACGCCAUGCAGUUGAACCAUACAAUUGUGGCAUGUGAUGAAUGUGUGUCGAAACAAAUGUUGCUACAGAGAUGUUUCACAAGGAUACGAAAAGACGGAGGCGAUGAACUCAACACACUAAGAGCUACUGAUGUUGUGGCUCUAACGCUGGCUAUUUCUGACCAAUUUGCUUCCUUUUUAACCUCGUUGGAGACUUUAUUCGACGAAACUGAGUAUGAAGCGCAUCAUGUGUUGGUAUUGGACCGAUUUGAUCAAUGUUUGGACAAUUGUGUUGAGUUUGUCUCGGCAUUUAGUAAAAUGAGAGAAUGUUCAUCGGUGCGGAAUUUAUCAGUGGUUAUUGUGUUUAGUAGUGGUAUUCCUCGACAAGUUGUGACUUUAUCCAACCCCAUAAUUGAAUUUGAACCGUAUUCCGAAACACAAGUGAUUAAAAUUUUGCAAGAUGCCCAAUUGUGCCAUUUGAAGAAUAGUAGCUUUGUUGAAGACGAUGGCAACGACAAAGUUUUGGAAUCGGCAAAGCAAGAAUUUUACAAUCAGUAUGUCAAGUUUGUCGUUGAUCUGUAUUUCCUGUAUACUGGAUCCGAUAUGGUUAUGUUGCAGCAUUUGAUUGUUGAAUUGUGGGAUAAGUUUAUCGAGCCAUUACAAAUGGGGAUGUAUUCGAUCAAUGAGAUUGUCAAGAUUUUCAAACACAAUAUUGACUUGUUCAACAGUGAUAAGAUUAUCAGUAACUCGUCGGUUCCUGACUACAGAACCUUACGUGACGAUGAAGGAGAUGGCGAAGGGGAUAACGCGGGACAAACACUUGGUAAUGGCAGUGGAAAUAAUGGAACAGGAGAUGACGAAACUGUGAGAUUGGGAAACGUGCAUGACUUGCCCUACCAUUCCAAAUUUAUACUUCUAGCAGCAUACUUGGCAUCAUAUGGCAAUCAACGCAAUGAUUUACACAAAUACUCCAAGGUCAAAGUAGUCAAGUACAAGAAACGAGGCAGUACGAAAAAGAGACAACGACUCAACAACAGCGCCAAUGGCAACGGGGGAACAACAGCAGGGCAUAUGUCGAAAAACGACAUUGAUUCGCGGCUCUUGACGGCAAAUUAUGUCGAUUUGGAACGGAUCUUGGCCAUAUUAUCAGUAAUUUAUCAACACUCAUCAAUCACCCUCAACCAAUCGGAUUCUAAAGACUUGUUGUAUCUAGGAGAUGAAAUUAUUGAAUUGGAAAAUAAGAAAUUGGCAGAAAAGAGUUGUUUUACAUUGACGAAAAACAUUGAUUUGAAUUUACAAAUUGCUACAUUGUAUUCAUUGGGGUUUUUAAGCAAGACUAGCAAUUCUGAUAUCUUGGCUGCUAGGAUUCGAUGGAAGUGUAAUUUGGAUUGGCCCAUGGCGGAAGCUAUUGCCAAGUCCGUGGGGUUCCCAAUUGUUGAUUUCUUGGAUGAUGAUGAUUGA